AUGGGGGCUCUCUGCUCUCACAAAAAAUCACUUGCCUCAUGCCUGUUUCUUAUGUCAAGCGUAAUCAACAUUUUCUUUUGGGUUGGAUGUUCGUGCCUGGAGAGAGAAAGAGCAGCUCUCUUGGCAUUCAAAGCUUCUUUCCUUAAUCAAAUCUACGCAUAUGAGCAAUUAUCUCUUUCAUGGGAGGGAACGGAUUGCUGUGGCUGGUUGAGAGUGACGUGCGGUAAAGAGGGUCAGGUUGUUGGUUUGGGAUUGCAUGCUUUGGGAGUUCUUGAUAUCAAUCUCACUUCUCUUCUUCGGCUUGAAGGACUUCAGUUCCUCGAUCUUUCAGACAACAACUUGCGUGGUUCAUUGUUCAUUAAAGAGCUUUACAGGCUAAAGAAGUUGCAAACUUUGGACUUAUCGUACAAUUCAUUUGAAGGCGCAAUGCCAGUGGAGAUAGGUUUGCAAUCGUCGUCCCUCGAAGUGCUUUAUUUAUCUUCGAAUCAACUUGGAAGCCUACCUUCUUCUUUGGGCAACCUUUCCCAUCUUAAGGAGCUCGAUCUAAGUCACAAUGAGCUCAACGGAAUUAUUCCUCCUUUAUUGGGUAGUCUCUCAUCUCUUGAAGAACUUUAUCUAAGUGAAAAUGAAUUUCGAGGUGGACUAUCUCGAUUUCUUGGCAAUUUAUCCUUUCUCCAUUUGGUCUAUAUUGAUCAUAAUAACCUUUCAGAAGCCAUCCCUCCAGAACUAUCAAAGCUUCGAAAUUUACAGUUUUUGGACCUCUCCA